UUACCACUCUCCGGCCAGGCUCUUUCAAGUCAGCACCAUCCUUCUCGACCACCACACUCAAAAUGGGCAAACAAGAAUGGCUCGUCAUCAUCAAAGAUAAACCCAACUCCCUCCCCGCAAGGAUGAAAGUUCGUCCUCAACAUCUCGAAGAACUGAAACCUCACAUCGACUCCGGCGCCAUCGUUCUGGGCGGCGCCACUCUCGACGAACCACUCAAAGAAGGCGAGGGAAUGAAGUCCAACGGCAGCGUGCUGAUCAUCGAGGCGGAGUCUGAGAAGGAGGCGAGAGGGAUUGUGGAAGGGGAUGUGUACUACACGAGUGGAGUUUGGGAG